AUGGCAUUUCGAGCGAGGCCUGUCGCUUUGAUGCGGCUGCGCAUUGGGCUGCGAUUGCCUAUUUACAGGGUUCGUGGACUCGCAACAGUGGCCGAGGGCCCACGACCCUAUGAUGUCGUUGUCAUCGGAGGUGGACAUGCCGGAUCGGAGGCAUGUGCUGCUGCUGCUCGCUCUGGUGCACGUACUGCACUCGUGACCCCCUCGAUAUCGAAUAUCGGCGUGUGUUCGUGCAACCCCAGCUUCGGUGGAAUUGGAAAAGGCACAAUGAUUCGUGAGAUCGAUGCGAUGGAUGGUGUUGCAGGUCGAAUCAUUGACAAGGCUGGAAUCAUGUUCCGAAUGUUGAAUCGUUCAAAGGGUCCUGCGGUCUGGGGUCCGCGCGCGCAAAUCGACCGUACUCUUUAUAACAGGUACAUGACGGAGGAGUUGGUCGGCACGGAGAAUUUGAGUAUUGUGGAAGGCAAGGUUGCCGAUAUUGUGGUUUCCAAGGAAGGGAUUGAGAAUAUUCCAGGCACACAAGGCAAAAUUGUGGGUGUUCGACUUGAAUCCGGGGAGGUUCUUCCAACCGGCCGCGUGGUCAUCACCACGGGAACUUUCUUGGGUGGCGAGAUUCACAUUGGUCUUGAGGCUUACCCCUCCGGUCGCAUGGGCGAGGCUCCUACAUACGGGUUGAGCAAGUCUCUCCGUGAUGCGGGGUUCUCCCUGGGCCGCCUGAAGACUGGCACUCCACCCCGAUUGGACAUGAAGUCCAUUGAUUUCUCGGCUCUGGAAGUCCAACGGGGUGAUUCGCCGCCACAUCCAUUCUCCUACAUGAACAAGACUGUUGAGGUGGGUGAUGAGGGCCAGCUGACAUGCUGGAUGACCCACACCAAUGAGGAGUCGCAUAAGAUUAUCCGUGCGAAUCUGGACAAGUCCAUUCAUAUUCGAGAAACUGUCCGUGGUCCCCGGUAUUGUCCAUCUUUGGAGUCGAAGAUCAUGCGCUUCACAGACAAGACACAACAUCAAGUAUGGCUCGAGCCUGAAGGUUUCGCUCCGAAUGAAGUGAUCUAUCCAAAUGGUAUCUCCAUGACAGUCCCAGCAGAUGCGCAGUACGCCAUGCUGCGGACUAUCCGGGGUCUUGAGAAUGUAACCAUGCUCCAGCCAGGGUAUGGUGUUGAAUACGACUACAUUGAUCCCCGCAAUCUCCGACCCUCGCUAGAAACUAAGCUAAUUAGCGGUCUCUACCUGGCGGGUCAAAUCAACGGUACAACUGGCUACGAGGAGGCAGCUGGCCAGGGUAUCAUUGCGGGUAUGAAUGCCGGUCUGGCAUCCCAAGAGCGCGCUCCUUUGACCUUGACCCGAUCUGACGGAUUCAUCGGUAUCAUGAUUGAUGACCUCAUCACGAAGGGCGUGUCUGAGCCAUACCGCAUGUUUACUAGCCGAAGCGAAUACCGAAUCUCCACACGAUCUGACAACGCUGAUCUCCGCUUGACGCGGAUGGCUCGCGAAGCCGGGGUUGUGUUGGACAAGCGUUGGCGUCAUUUCACCGAUACCGAAGCGCAGAUCCAAGAACUUCAGUCUCUACUUGCCAAUACGAAGCUGUCAGCCACUGCCUGGUCUCGCAAGGGAUUCAAGGUGCGUUCUGAUACUUCUAUCCGUUCUGCGCUUGAAAUUCUGUGUCUGGAUGGCGCAGACAUUAACGCUUUGAUUCCUCACAUCGAGUCUGCUUAUGGAAUUUCAUAUGUUCCCGACUCGUUUGAUCCUGAGAUCCGAACUCGCGUCGCUAUUGAGGGUCGCUACGCGCCGUACCUCAAGCGACAGGAGAAGAUGGCCAGACGGUUCCAGCAGGACGAGAACCUUUUAUUGCCUGCGGACCUUGACUAUAGUACCAUUCACGGUAUCAGCACUGAGGAGAAGCAAGCGCUCCAGCGUGUCAGACCUGUCAGUGUUGGUAUGGCUCGACGAAUCGAGGGAGUGACCCCCGAUGGUGCGCUGCGACUGCUCCUCCAUGUGAGAAAGAUCAGUGGUCUCAACAAGAAUGUCGUCAACGACGAGGAUCCUGCCGUUGCCGAGGUUCUAUCAUCUUCUCCAUGA